UCAGUCCUCACAGAGCUUCUCGUUUGAUCUUUUGUACAGAGGAUCUAUAAAUAGAGAGCGUAGGUUUGUUGUUGUUGUUUUUAAUAUUUUGUUUUUUUCUCUCUCUCUCUCGAAUUCGGCCAUGGAUUUGAAAUCGAAGGAUGUGAAAGUGACGGCGAAAGCUGUGGUGUCCGGUAAGGAGGAGACGGAGGAGGAGAUCGGCGUCGUUUCGCGCGUUGUAGAUAGCGGUAGGAUUGCGGUUACGAUUCCGGUUUCCGUCCCCGCGAAACUCGUGUCGUUGGGGCCGUCAUUUGCUCCGGCGCAACUGCUGCUUCAGAAUUACUCGAAUUUCAAGCGGAGCGGAGAACCGGCCCGGUUCAUGCGAUACGUUGAGGAAUCGUGGGUGGACGUUGAGGCGGAGGUUUGUGAGGCAGUGAAAGCGGGGUUUUCGAAGGGCGUUUCGUCUGUCGAGACUGAGAUUGGAGGCUGGAAAUGUGUUACCGACUUGCACCGAAUGAUCGAAGUCAAUCUGGACACUGGGGCUUUCCGAUCGGUUGCAUGGAUUGAUGUGAACGGUAUGUGCUUUUUCCCCAAGUCUCUCGUUUGCUCCCAUGACGGUGACAAUGGUUUGGUUAAUUUGGGCGAGGACCCAAAGAAUGAAGUUGUUGGGAAUGCCAAUGAGAGCCAGUACUUGGUGCAACAGAAACUUGAAAUUGAGAUUAACUUUACUGAUGAUUUGCAAAAUGAAGCGAACCCUGAUAACGAGGCGAAAUUAAAUAAGCGAAAGAGGGAGAUGAUAGAGCCUGAGGGAAGUUCAUCUAACGAAAAAAGGAAAAAUGUCCAAGAGUGUGAAUUUGUUUCCCCCAGGUGGCCAAAUACGAGGGUGAUGGGAGAGCAGGAGGUAGGGUAUCAGAUAGUGAGGAGUUUGUUUCUCCCAGGUAUGGCAGCUGUGGGGCCAGGUGCUAUGGUCACUGCCAUUCAUCAACGUUUGAGGAAACGUGGUUCGAUGGAGAGAGCUGAAUAUGAUGCUUUCCGGAUGCAGGCAGGACUCGUGAGACAAGCUAGAGGAAACACUGAUGUUGUUUUCGCAUGGUUUGGAACAACAGUACAGGGGGUGCAGAGUAUUAUGACUCAUGGAUUUGGAACAACAACUGGAGUGAUGUCUGGUUUUGGGCUUCUGGGUGUUGGUUUAUACUUGUCACCUGUUCGAUCACCUCGAAUGAGUGCACUGACGGCGCAAGUAGAUGCAAAUGGUGAAAAACAUUUAGUUUUGUGUCGAGUUAUACUGGGAAAGUGUGAAAAGAUUGAGAUAGGUUCUUUGCAAUUGAGCCACUCAAGAAUGGAUUUUGAUACCGGGGUGGAUGAUCUGAUAAAUCCGCAAUGGUAUGCAGUGUUGCGUGCCAACCGUGUUAUUCCAGAAGGUGUUCUUAGCUACAGGCCUGCUAAUGUAGUGCCGGGCCGUUUGACUGCUGUUCCAUCUCGCAUGUUUGCCCCAAAUGCUGCAUCUGCCUUUUAUCUAAGGCUGAUUUCCAAGCUGAUGAUCUCGCUUCCACCACCAAAGGUGCAGGCGUUGCAAAUUCUGUAUAGCUCAUUGAUGGCUGGGAAACUUGGGAAUGAUGGUUUCAUGAGAGUACUAGGAUCAAUAGUUGGGGAUGAGGUGCUGCGCUCAACUAUUCAGCAAAUUCGUGGCUGAGAGAGAUUUUCUUGGUUUUAGUUGGAAGGACUUUGAAACUGCUAUAAUUGACCCCAAAAUAAAAAAAUAAAAAAAAUCUUAUACUAGAACAAGUAGAUGUAAUGGAUGAUAGGGAUCUUAGAGGCAAAAGCCUUAGAGAGAAACAUAAUCUAGCUUUUGAACUCUAGUGAUAUUUUACUUUUGUUGUAGAAGUGAAAAACUUCCCUGUUUUCUUUGUUGUAGUGCAACAUUUGAACUUCUUUACUUAUGUGUUUGGAACUUGAAAGUUCUCUC